GAGGAAGUGGAGUAAAAGGCUGAUGUGGAAUACCACACAUUUGUUUAAGAUGAAUUAGUACCGACUAAAGCAAUUGAUUCACUUCUAUCCACUACACAUAUAAAGAAUUGAUACCGAUUUACUUGACCGAUUAUUCCACAUCCAGUGCCGUCGCCACCCGAGCUCGGAAAAGAUGAUUCAGAGGUUACUAUUUAGGUUACAUCUGCGGUGGUGACGCCCAUCAUUAUUUGCACUAUUAAUAGAUGCGUCUGACAAUGGGCUGCGCACCUUUGUGAUGACACAUAUUUUCUGCCCACACUGUUACCCCUUCAAAUUUGAUCACCUUUUUGGUCACUUAUUUUCAGUGAUGAAAAGCUAAGCCAAAAUGCCAAAGCCUAAUUAAUGUUUAAGUACUAAACUUCAUGUUGACCAAUUAUUUAUUCGUUUUACACUCAUAUAUAUUCAGCAAAAAUCCAUAUUUAUACACCUGACAUCAUCAUCAUGUCAUUGGCCAAACAGUCGCAGAAGUGGUUUCCAACUCAUGUUCAAGCCACUGUCCUCCAAGCAACACACCUGCAACCAAAGGGCAAGAAUGGCACCAAUGAUGCCUACACCAUCAUCCAGUUGGGCAAAGAGAAGUACUCCACAUCAGUGGCAGAAAAGACCCUCAACCCAGUCUGGAAGGAAGAGGCCUCCUUUGAAUUGCCAGGGCUGCUAUUGGAGAACAAUCCAGAGGUUUACGAGCUGUGUCUCACAGUGAUGCACAGGUCCCUAGUUGGGUUGGAUAAAUUUCUGGGCCAAAAACUCAUCAAUUUAAAUGAGAUAUUUGCCAAUAAGGAGCACAGAAAAACUGACUGGUACACUCUGGUCUCACGGCCUGGUAAGAAGAGGAAAGAGCGAGGGAAGAUUCAGGUUAGCAUCCAGUUCAUGCGGAACAACAUGACCGCCAGCAUGUUCGAUUUGUCGAUGCGAGACAAGCCCCGAUCGCCAUUCUCCAAGCUCAAGGAGAAGAUGAAGGGUCGCAAGCACGACGGUGCCUUUUCAGACACAUCUUCUGCCAUUCUUCCACGCUCCAGGCAGAGUGAGACUGAUUCUCUGCCAGACGAACACCUGCACCCUCAUGUUGCACCUGAAACCAAGCCAAAACGCUCGCUUCUCGCUGGGACGCAGAAACUUUCUGCUGCUCACUCGAUGUCUGAUCUGAUUGGAACCCACUUCAGGCCCAAACUCGACUCUAUGAACUCCAUUGAAGAAACCGGGGGCACUGCAUCUCACCGACACUCUCAGAGCGAUGGAUAUGGCUGUGACCCCUUUUCUGACAUCGGAGACAACAUGCCUCAGAAAUAUGCUACUCUCCCGCACAACCGCAAUCCCUUCGAGGGCGAUCAAGGCAUGAUAUGGGGGACCGAGAAGAAAGAGAAGAAGGAGAAGGUUGGUCUUCUGGGGAGAGUUACUGGGAAGAAAGAAGGCAAGAAAACUGGGGCACGGACCGGCAGCUCUGGAGACCUGCGAUCUCCAAACCCGUUUACUACUGAAACCUCAAGUGAAACCAACCCUUUUCUCUCACACUUCAAAUCCAGCAGUGACAACAUGAGAAAUUCCACUAGUAAAGAAGACCUUAUCCAGAGAUUCAAAACCUCCCCUGAGAAGAUGCACGGCAUGAAAAACUCAAGAGAUCAUGAGCCUGAAAAUCUCCAGGCAAGUAAGGCGGCCUACAGCAAUCUUUCCUUUGAGGAAGUUGUGCAGGAGCUCAUCAAGCAGAAAGAGGUGGUGAGAAAGAAAGAUGCUCAUAUUCGGGAGCUGGAGGACUACAUUGAUAACCUGCUGGUCAGGGUCAUGGAAGAGACUCCUAGCAUACUCAGGACACCCUAUGAGCCCAAGAGGAAAGCUGGAAAGAUCUUGAAGAAGUAAAGGAGCCUGGAGUUAGACCUGGCAUAUCGUAACUUCAGAUGUUUGGCUAUAUGUAUUGCUUGUUAAAGGAGAUUGAAAUGUCAGUUUUAACAGAACACAAGUGUAUUCAUUCACGCAUGGACAGUCAUGAAGUUUUCUGGGUACACAAGAAUAACCACAUUUGGGGUUAUUGAAGGACAACGGGCACUAAUUGUGGUGAUGCCAAAACACCCUUUUUAGAUUUUGAACUCUAGUAUGAUUUUUUUUUUUUUUUUUUUUUGAGAAUCCUUCGAGCUGUUGUAGACUGAUACUUGUGAGUGAACCAUUUUAAAGAAAUAUUCACAAGUAGCCAGUCAUGGUUUAGCAAGGCUUUCUUGUGUGAUGAGACCAAUAUUAUGUUUGUACCGAAAAUGACUGUGUUUCAUUUGACUUUUACUUCGAAUUCAGUAAGUUGAACUGAAUUCAGCACUUAAUACUACUCAGUACUACUGUGUUUUACAAUUAUCAGUUUGCUAUGCCUUUAAUUUGCUAUGACAGCAUUCACACAAACACAAUUGGAUAUUGCUAAAACUGAGACCUGAUACAUUUAGUUACAUGUUUCUCCUAUAAAAUAUGGGGUGAAGCAAGGAAACACGUGGCUUACUGGGACCACAGAACAUAAAACCUAUUUUAAGAGUAUACUGGAUGUCUGGAAGACCAUGUUGGGUCUGACAGGGUAACUCUCCUUAAGUGUUUUUACACUGUAUGUGUGAUCAGGCUCAUCAUGAUAUUGGCAUAUUUUGGGUACCAGAUUGAUUAGUUGCUGGUGGGUACAUGAACUUUUGGUACUUUUUCAAAUGAUUCUUCUAUAAAAUUAUACACUGGUACAGAAUUACACUACAAAAUAUUUAUUUUGAGCUUUAUUUACAAUGAACAAAAUUUAUGUAUGUGAAUAAUAAUCUUCCCUUUUUUAAGUUCAAGACACAAAGAAACUCCCUCUGUAUUAUACAGUGACAUCAGAAGUUUAGAAAUGGGCAUCCAAAACACAUGGACUGCCUACAGUUGAAAACACCAAUGUGAGCCAGUCAGUCAGUCCAGCACAGAAGUAUUAUAUAGCCUCUUUUAACAACUUUUAAACUUAAUGGCUACUGGCUAGGUUUCCAGAGCCAUAAGCUUCUAUACAAUUCUAGCCCUUGUUAAAUUAAAACCUCCGCAAACAACUGAAUAAUUUGGUAUCUGCUUUUAUCGGUGAAUAGGUGUUAUUCAAAAUUAUUAUUAUUUUUUUUUUUAUACAUUUCAGUCAUUUUGAUUAAUUACAAUGCAUAGAAUGCUUCAUGCAACAAAAUAAAGAGUAAGAUAGACAGAAACUAGCUAUAGAACAUUCAAGGAUAAGAAAAUUGUUUACAAAAUUAUAGCUUCAUAGUUUCAAGAAAGUACUCUUCAAAAUAGUAUACUGCUUUUCCAAUAUUUGUGCUUUUGGAUAGAUUGGCUCUGCAAGACACUUCCUGCACGGCUUACUGUGAUUUUUGCUCAUAUCCUGUCAUCUGUAUUGCAUAUCUGGUGAGAAAACACUGGCUUUAAGUCUUGGUAACUGAGCAUCUAUUUUGCACCUUGGGCUGUUACACUGGAGCAUCUGUAAAGUGAAAUACUGCAAAACAAUGGUGCAUCUUCGCACCAGUUACGUGUAUGAAAUAUUUACAUUUGAGAAGAAAAAAAAAAGUUUGUAAUGAUGAUUUAGUAUAUUAAUGUAUUAUAACCCAUUUUAAAUAUGUUAGGCCUUGAAAUGAAAAACUAAACUGAUACAGGACAAAGAUUUAGACCAUAAUACCCCUCGUUUGAAGUUUUUAAAAGUGUAUAUAGCUUUUCAGAAAGCUUUUCAAAUGUAGUUUGUAAAAGUACCAUGGUUAAAACACCGUGCUGGUUAGCCAUGCUGGAAAGCAAGUUUCUUCUUUCCAUAGUAUUGGGUCACAAUAAGGAUGUGUUGUGUUCAUACAGUAAAUUAUUUAUGUCUUGUUUAAUAUAAGUUAUGUACUUACAGUAGUACAUGAAUUUGAAGAGGUUUACACGGGUGGAAUUGAAGAUUUAUGGUGAAAUCAUUCAGUGCCAUGAGCAGUGUUACACAGUCUUACUGCUGCCAUUACGACCCAUGGCUCAAAGUCCUUUUCUAGGGUCAGUGAGGGUCAAAUUAGAACAUUAUAGAGUUCGUGCAACCAGAAGCUUAAAAAGAAGUCAAAAGUUAGUUGUGUUUUUCAUACAAUAGUCACGUUAACAUCCUACAUUUUUAAAUGAACUUUUUUUUAUUAUGUUAUAUAAAUGCUUUAAACCAACCAACCCAAAAAAAAAAAAAUAUAUAUAUAUAUAUACACACACACAUACAGUAUUUUAUUUUUUGGUUGGUUGGUUUAAAGCAUUUAUUUACAGUUCUCACAAAUAUGUGGCUUGCCAGGCUCAAUCACCUGUUAUUGAUUCAUGGUUUUAUUUUGUCAUUAGCCAAAAAGGUUCUAUUGAAUGUGACUGUUAAAGAAAGUAAUUCGCUGAAGAGUAAAUUUACAGUAGAUGCCGUUUACUCUUAACCAAUUCAACAGCUCAGUUUAGU